CUGGCGGCAGGGUCUUUGCAGCGCCCCCCCUUCUAGACGCAGUCUUAGAAGCCGGCGGGGCAGAGGCGUAGUCGCUGGAGCUGAGACCAGGCGGCCAGAGUUCUCAGGGAUGAACCUCGAGUUGCUCGAGUCCUUUGGGCAGAAUUAUCCAGAGGAAGCUGAUGGAACUUUGGAUUGUAUCAGCAUGGCCCUGACUUGCACCUUUAACAGGUGGGGCACGCUGCUUGCAGUUGGCUGUAAUGAUGGCCGGAUUGUCAUCUGGGAUUUUUUGACAAGAGGCAUUGCUAAAAUAAUUAGUGCACAUAUCCAUCCAGUCUGUUCUUUAUGCUGGAGCCGAGAUGGUCAUAAGCUUGUGAGUGCUUCCACUGAUAACAUAGUGUCACAGUGGGAUGUUCUUUCGGGAGACUGCGACCAGAGGUUCCGAUUCCCUUCACCCAUCCUAAAAGUCCAGUAUCAUCCAAGAGAUCAGAACAAGGUUCUCGUGUGUCCCAUGAAAUCUGCUCCUGUCAUGUUGACCCUUUCAGAUUCCAAACACGUCGUUCUGCCGGUAGACGAUGACUCGGACUUGAACGUGGUUGCUUCUUUUGAUAGGCGAGGGGAAUAUAUCUAUACAGGAAAUGCAAAAGGAAAGAUUUUGGUCCUAAAAACAGAUUCUCAGGAUCUUGUUGCUUCCUUCAGAGUAACAACUGGAACAAGCAAUACCACAGCCAUUAAGUCAAUAGAGUUUGCCCGGAAGGGGAGUUGCUUUUUAAUUAACACAGCAGAUCGGAUAAUCAGAGUUUAUGAUGGCAGAGAAAUCUUAACUUGUGGAAGAGAUGGAGAGCCUGAACCUAUGCAGAAAUUGCAGGACUUGGUAAAUAGGACUCCGUGGAAGAAAUGUUGUUUCUCUGGGGAUGGGGAAUACAUAGUGGCAGGUUCAGCCCGGCAGCACGCACUGUACAUCUGGGAGAAGAGCAUAGGCAACCUGGUGAAGAUUCUCCACGGGACAAGAGGAGAGCUCCUGUUGGACGUAGCAUGGCAUCCUGUUCGACCCAUCAUAGCAUCUAUUUCUAGUGGAGUGGUAUCUAUCUGGGCACAAAAUCAAGUAGAAAAUUGGAGUGCCUUUGCACCAGACUUCAAAGAGUUGGAUGAAAAUGUAGAAUAUGAGGAAAGGGAAUCAGAGUUUGAUAUUGAAGAUGAAGAUAAGAGUGAGCCGGAGCAGACAGGGGCUGAUGCUGCUGAGGAUGAGGAAGUGGAUGUCACCAGUGUGGACCCGAUUGCUGCUUUCUGUAGCAGUGAUGAAGAACUGGAAGAUUCAAAGGCUCUGUUAUAUUUACCCAUUGCCCCUGAGGUAGAAGACCCAGAAGAAAAUCCUUAUGGCCCCCCACCGGAUGCAGUUCAAACUUCCUUGAUGGACGAGGGGGCUAGCUCAGAGAAGAAGAGGCAGUCUUCAGCAGAUGGGUCCCAGCCACCUAAGAAGAAACCCAAAACAACCAAUAUAGAACUUCAAGGAGUACCAAAUGACGAAGUCCAUCCACUACUGGGUGUGAAGGGGGAUGGCAAAUCCAAGAAGAAGCAAGCAGGCCGGCCUAAAGGAUCAAAAGGUAAAGAGAAAGAUUCUCCAUUUAAACCGAAACUCUACAAAGGGGACAGAGGUUUACCUCUGGAAGGAUCAGCGAAGGGUAAAGUGCAGGCGGAACUCAGCCAGCCCUUGACAGCAGGGGGAGCAAUCUCUGAACUGUUAUGAAGAUCCUUGAAGUGCUUCAGUCUCUCCCACUUUUCCAUCAUGUGGACUCUGGACACUGUCAGUCAUUUGAAAUUGACUUUAAAAAUGCCUCUGCUUCACCCAGGAGGUGGAAGGAGUGAAUUUUAUGUUUGAAUGAAGAAGUGAAUUAUGAAAGAAGAGUAUAUGUCCCUUCCCUUUCAAGCAGAAGUCCAAAUAGGCUCUCAGGAAUGAGGAUUUGUGAAGACAUCACAUGGGAGUUUGACUCAUUUAAACUUUAAUACUGAGUAAUUUGCUGGAGAAAAGAUACCUGUUUUGCUCAUCUAAUUUCAUUGCACCCAGCAUCCUUUUGACCUGUCAUUUCCCGUUUCCUAUAUGCCUUCUGUCAUCAGUGACUUGUUCUUACCGAAACUCUGCUGCCAGUACCCUUGGAAAACUUCGGUUGCAUGUUCUUCCGUUUUGAAGCUUAGUCUUUCACCAGGUCCGCCCGUAUUUCCAUAUUGUGUACAAAGGACGGGCAGAGAAGAAAGUGCUUGAGACAUUUGAUGUUUCUAGAAAGGGAGGGGAGAUGAGCAAGGCCUCUCUUCCCAUUUGCUCAAGCUGGGCUGGAAGAGGCGUUUUUGCUUUCCUUUCAUGGUGUGUUUCCCUCCAGUAUUGGUUCAUUCUCAUUAAUCAUGGUGUGUUUUUUUAAGGUAGCUAGUUUCAUCCGUCUCCAGCAAAGAAUCAUCAGUAGUUUAUAUUGCUUUACUUGUGCUGGCUUCCAGAGAUGGAAACAAACCAAGGUGUCUCUCAAUAGGCUUCUUUUUCACUGGGGUGGGGGAAUCUAUGCAAGGACUGCAGUAAAGCCUCCCAAAGUCAAAGCAGCAGCAACAGUUCAAAUCACAGAUGAAGGAACGAAUUUUUUUUAUCAUUGUGGAUCUCUGUCCUUCCCUCAGUCAUCACAUCUCCCCUCCUUGUAUUCAAGCUCCUUUUCCUUA